CGUAUCUAGUGUUUUGUGUCAUAUGAAAUAGAAACUACUUUAUUUACUGAAAGCCAUAUAAAAUGUUACUCAGAUUUUGUAAUUUAUGUUGUAAGAGUGUAGACUCCUCGUUUGUAAACGUUUCAAGGCAUUAUGCUAGAGCAGCUACUAGUGCUCGAAGGAAAGAACAAUUACACGUUGAUGCAACAGAGGCUCAGAAUAAAAAAAUUCCGAUUAUAUUGACCAGAAGGAAAGAGUACAAUUUUUAUAAGGGUCAAAUGUAUGGAAAGAAAGAGGUUAUACCGCUACUUACCAAAGGAUGGUCUCACCGUAAUUCUAGAGGCGAUCACUUCUUCGUCUAUCCUUAUGAUAAUGCUGUUCAAAACCAAACAGAAAAACAAUAUCAAUUCGGUACCUUUAACGAUUUUUGUUUGGAUCCUUCUAUAAUCACUCAGUUGGAAAACUUGAACAUUAAAGAUCCUGUGGAGAUUCAACAGAUGGGUAUACCAAAAAUCCUUGAAGGUCAUAAUACAUUAUUGACAGCAGAGACAGGUUGCGGAAAAACAUUAGCAUAUCUUUUGCCUUUGAUUAAUCAAAUUAUGGAAUGGAAAAAAAUUGGGCAAAGAAAUAGGAAUUGUCCCUUAGGUUUAAUUGUGACUCCUACUAGAGAAUUGGCAGUCCAAAUUGCAUUAGAACUAAUUAAAUUGUCUAAAUGCCUUGGUAUUAAGACAAAAAUGAUCACGGGUGGAAAGCUAAAAAGAACAAUUUUACAUCCUCCAGUUGAUAAUGUGGAUAUCCUUGUUGGUAGCUUUGGAGCUAUUAGUAAAUUGUUCACAUAUGGUAUCUAUAAUCGGAAUUUUAUACGAUGUUUAGUUUUGGACGAAGCAGAUGCUUUGUUUCAUCAUACAUUCGAAGAAAAGUUGAAAGUUUUUCUGAAUAAAUUGCAUAUUGGUUAUUGUCAAGAAUUCGAUGAGAAUGGAUUUCCAAAAUAUGUUCAACUUAUUUUAGCUUCGGCCACAGUACCUUCUCGUUUAAAAAAUAUUUUAAGUAAUAUCGUAAACGUUGACUCUGUGGCGAUUGUACAAACAGAAAAGCUGCACAAAAUCCUGGUUCCACAGAAAUUUAUCAGAAUGGGUCCAAGUGAGAAACCAGUCGAACUUUUAAAAUAUGUAAAACCCAAAGUAGCAAAUAGGGAACCUGUAAUUAUAUUUAGCAAUACCAGUGGUACAUCCUAUUGGCUUACGUUGUUUUUGAACGAGUGUGGUAUAAACGUUACGAAUUUAAAUGGUAAAAUGCCGUUAAGCAUUCGAAUGGGGAAAUACGGGCAAUUUUUGAACGGUCACGUGAUGGUGUUGUCAACGACGAAUGCUGGUUCCAGAGGUUUAGAUACAGUGACAGUUAAUCACAUUCUGAAUUACGAUUUUCCAGUGGACACGGCUGAUUAUAUUCACAGGUGUGGUAGAACUGGCAGGAUCGGUACAACGGGUGAUUGCCGGGUGACAAAUUUUAUUUGCAAGCAGUGGGAAGUCGCUUUGGUUCAAAAAAUCGAAAAGGCCGUCAGAAAAUUAAAACCUAUACCCAUUGUCAACAUUGCAGAUCCAAACAAGGAAUUAGAAAUGGAGGAUGAGGUGUUAGGGCCAGAGGACUAUGAAGAACCAAUAAUCGAAGACGUGGAUGAUGUGGACAAUAUUCCAUACUGAAACGUACAAUAUGUUUUACACGAUGCGAAUAAACAAAAUGACCGUUAGAAUUUAUCAUUUA